CAGUCGUGGGCUCUGUGCCAGAUGGGAGGUGGGAAGGGUUGGUCGCUCCCCUGGCUUGCGUGAAUACACGGCAUUGGUUGUCUUCUGGCUGGUGUAUCUUCAGGCACGCUGGACCUAGUUGGCAUCUGGCAGAGCCUCAUCCUUACCAAGCUGACCAGUCUCUAACUGAUCACGCCUGCCAUCUCUCACAGAGGGGCUUCUCUGAGGCACAGCUGGCUCCAGUCACCAAAGCAGGAGGAUCCACUGGGAAGAUGAAAUCUGCUCCCUGGUCUCACCUGCUUUUGGCUUUGUUCCUCUUAGAGGAAGGUUGCUGUCAGCAGCUCGUACCUCCCACUGGGGAUCACAGAGAGGGAAGCUGGGCCCCCAGUCAUCUUGGAGGGGGAAAACGAGCAAGUAUCCAACUGGUACCCCACAACUCAGAAUUUGCAUUUGAUCUGUUUAGAAAGGUGGCAUCCUGCAGUUCUGGUAAGAACAUCAUCUUCUCUCCACUGAGCAUCUCCACCGCCUUUGCUAUGCUGUCCCUGGGAGCCCGAGGUGGUACCCUGACUGAGCUAUUCAAGGGCUUAGACUUUGCCAAAAUGCCAGUGGAGGAAGUCCACACAGGGUUCCGGUACCUCAUCCACGCAUUGAGCCAGCCCGAUCGCAAUCUCCAGCUAAACAUGGGGAAUGUCUUGUUCAUAGAGGAGCAGAUAAGACCGCUGCAGAAUUUCCUGAUAGGUAUCAGGCAGCAGUAUGCAGCAGAGGCCAUCCCCAUUGACUUCCAUGAUCCUCUAGCAGCCCGCGAUCAGAUCAACAGCUAUGUUGAUCAGAAGACCCAAGGGAGAAUCCUGGAUCUGAUUGGGAACCUUGAUUCUGGAUCGGUACUGGUUCUCGCCAGCUACAUUUUUUUUCAAGCCCAGUGGGAGAAGAAAUUCAACCCAAAGCAGACUCAGGAAGGUGACUUUUUUCUGAUGGAAAACAAGUCGAUUAAAGUUCCCAUGAUGUACCGAGGAGGUAUGUACAGAACCUGCUAUGACGACCAACUCUCCUGCACCAUCCUGGAGAUGCCUUAUGAGGGGAAUGCUACGGGACUCUUCAUUCUUCCCGAGAGGAACCUGGAGAGUGUAGAAGCUGAGCUGCGGAAGGACACAGUGGCCAGAUGGAAAAAAUUAAUGACCAGAAGAUCUAUCGAUGUGUCCAUCCCAAAGUUCUCUAUUUCGGCCACCUAUGACCUGAAAUCUCUCCUCAACAAGAUGGGCAUCGUAAAAGUUUUCACGGAGCACGGAGAACUCUCCAGAAUCGCUGCCGGACACAGCCUAAAAUUGACAAAGGCCGUACACAAGGCCGUGUUGAAGAUUGAUGAGAAGGGCACAGAAGGGGCAGCAGGAAGUGGUGUGGAGGCCAUGCCGAUGAUAAUGCCCUCCGUAUUGACGUUUAACCGGCCCUUUCUGUUGGUGAUCACAGACGACUUUACCAACAGCGUCCUCUUCAUGGGAAAGAUAGCCAACCCAGCGGGAAAACAGUGACUCCCACUGCCUUCCAACUGCCUGCAGGUUCUUUGUGUUGCUAUGGAAUAAAGAGCAGUCAUGACCCGCCAAAA